ACACGCGGGCCGCGCGGGCUGAGGGCGAGGACUAUCGACAAGAUCCAGCGGAAGCGCCGAGGAGAGUUGCUGGAUAGUAGCAGAGGCCUAUCUAAUAAUCCGUCUAACCCAUCCAACCCAUCCAAAGACGACCAGGGCAAGGCCACGGCAACUCCACUCAUCGAGGAGCUGCCCCAUCUGAUCAGCAUCCUCGACACAUAUGCCGAGAGACUGUUUCCCAUAUGGCCCGUCGUUGAUGCAGCUGACUUGAAGCGGCAAUUGUUGGAGACCCCUAGCCAGGUCAAUCCUGCACGGCACCUCGCAAAUGCCGUGGCCCUAGCCGCCGUUGCUCAGCUCAGACUAGAGACGCCGUGGCAGCCCAGCGUCGAGCAAGCCGAGGCCAGUGGGUUGAGUGAGAAGCUGGAUCUCCUCGAUGCACUACGUAUAUCGUUCUUCCUCCACAUAUAUCAUGAGAAUGCCGCUCCCGGCGGUACCAAAUCUCUCGUGUAUCUGCGGGAGGCCAUUACCCAGGCCCAGAUCCUCCGCCUCGAUCGUGAAUCGACCUACGCUACGCUCUCGGAAGCAGACCAGCAGGUAUCUCGACGAGUUCUCUGGUUACUAUUCGUCACAGAACGUGGCGUAGCACUGUUGCACAAACUUCCCAUUGUCUUGCGACCAAACAUUCUUUUCCCCUGGUUUGGAGGAACCGAUGAUCAGGCCCAGGUUCUCCCGGCGUUUCUCAAACUCGUCCACCUGUUCUGGGUCUUUGAUCAGUCGGGCAUCUUCGAGAUCCUCCGCAAUGCCGACUCCGAUGUGCCGAACAUGGCCUCCGUCGCACAAAGUUGCCUGGAGCUCCUCCAACAGAAACUUCUCGACUCGGUGGGCGACGACGGUUGGGGCCCAAUCAACGAUGUGCAACGAGCCGACAUGUUCGUCACCCGUCAGUGGAUGCGGGCUGUCCUAUGGCGGGCUGCAUUGCGCUUCGGAAUCGUCAUUCCGUCCAUGAACCCGGUCACCAUUGCCAAGGACUUUUUGUCUCUUGUCUCUCAACUUCCAACUACAGCCCUAGAAUCUCACGGUCCUACUCUUGCAAGUUUUGAGUUCAAAACCUUUGAGAUCGCGACGGCAGUUAUUGAUGCAAUGGCGAGCAAUCACCCAGCAGCGUCAACUGACCAGCCUGGGCCGAUCUUGCGCCGCUUACGGGACAUUCUCUCUUCAACUCGAGGCGGCAACAAGACCCUGCUCUCUUUACUCACCAUGAAGAUUGAGGCUGCAUCCGAAUCUGGUCUCUUGACGGAGGCUGCCAAUGAGGAGAUGGUCAGCGACGGCAUCAUCUUCAACAUCGACCAGCAAGCGAGCUGGCAAGCUGUUGACGUGCUCACGGGGUCAACUGACAUGUCCAUGCCCACAUAUCAAUUUAUGGAGGAGCAGGCCUCUCAGAUAUCCUGGGCACCUCUGGACUUGGGAUACCUGAUCCGGUCCCCGUCUCCGCUUACUCGCAUGCUGCUCGAGUCGAUGCCUCGGGAUGCGACAGAAAAGGACCAG